CUGCAUAUUUUCGAAAGGGGUUCGGAACGUAAAUAUCGGCUAUCACUUCGAUCAGACCUGCAAUGCUUUGGGAAAAUGUUUUGACAUUUAAGUUGCAUUUACAUGUUAGUGAUUGUAAAAAUUGCCAAAAGGCAUCAAAACAAUUGCGUCUCAAUCUUGCACAAGGAUUGAAAGCGUCUAUAACAACCUAAUAUUUUACCGAAUUUUCUCGGAGGAAUCUUGGAGAUAUAAGGAUGAUCAUCUCAAAUCAAAUAUGACAUCAGGUGCUGAUGGACUUUUCAGCAGUGCCACUGCAUUAUUAUCAGCCAAAUCCUCUACAGAGGAACAACUCAUGCUGAAAUCCAUCCACAAGCAUCUGUCCAACCUUGAUGACACAGGGAAGGGGUUCCAGAAGGGGGAUGGAAAUCACCAUGUGUAUGGAGAAAUGUCUUCCUCGAACCAUGAGUCUCAGCUAGUGGCCCUUAUUUCCAAUGAUGAUGUCCUCAAUAAGUUAACUUGUUAUGUGUUUGAUAGAAGGUAUGGAUGGUCAGAAGCAGGGAUAGAUGGGACGAGACGGGUCAGAAAGAUGUCCAGCACUGGGACAACACUGGAGGCCAGUGAUGGACAUGUGAAAGCAGUGCUAAAUGAUCUCCUUGAUAAUAUCAUUAAAUGGUAUAAUCAGCAGCCACUCUCUGUACAGUUGGUCCAGGCAUUUGAGUACACAAUGAAGCAGGUUUCUGAUGUACACGUUGUCCGAAAUAGAACAAUUAUUCAUUUUAUGGCUUGGCUAAAAGAACAUAAAGAGGAACUUCAGGAUUUUGAGCAUAUUCCUUUGAUACAGAGGCUAAUCAUAUCAGCAUUAACAGAUGUUUGGUCAGCAAUACGAAAUUCCUGUGCCAAAACUUUAGGGCCAAUUGUAGCAUAUCUUCCCCUUGUUGACCAAGAGAAAAUUUUUCAGGAGCUUGUAAAGCUCUGUGUCUCUGAAACUUCCCAAUGGCAGACUGUUGAAGGUGCUAUAAUGGGUAUCAAUUCUAUUGUCCAACAAUACACAGAGAAAGCAGAAUCUAGAUCCACCACUCCACAGUUUUGCCUGAACAUUCAGUCACUGGAUAUCCCACCUGUGCCAAAUUUUAUAUCAGAGGAGAUUCACACUGUUGUGUUUAAGUUAUUGUAUCAUCCACAACUGACCAUUCGAGAACAUGCGGCCAAAGCAUUGUCCACUUACAUAUCUUGUUGUGAUGUCAAGGAAGCUUUUUCAACUUUUGAGCAAGUUACAGAGCAACUUUCAGAAAAUAUUCUCAGCCCUGUGCAAUCAAUUAACUUGCCUGUAAAAUUCCUUGAUGCCUAUGCAGCUGAAGGUCUACUGAAUGUGUGCUUGUCCAUCAUCAAGGUGUUGCCUCUACAAAUGAUGUUGUCUAACUGGCCGACCUACAUCAACGCUUUCUUACUGUAUCUGUCUCAUCCUGCCUCUACAGUCCGACAAGCUGCCAGCUCCUUAUUUAAAUACCUAGUGUCUAAAUGCAGCCAUUGUGCGGUUCUGGUCAGUCUACUUCUGCAGUCUCUCAUUCAGGGCUGGAUCCCCAACACAGACAUAUUACAGAGGGAGGAAAAAACAACAGACCAAGGCUGUUCUAGUCAUAUCAGGGCAUCUGUCAAUAGCGAGAAGGGAUUCUUGCUGGAUGCCUGGGAGAGUAGGGAAGGGAGAUUACUAGCGUAUGAGCUCAUCAUGAAGUUCUUCAUUAAGAAUCACUGGCUCUAUACGUUUGGUCCUGCGGCAUCUUCACAGCUCAGGAGACAAAACACUGAUGUUGAACAGCUGUCAGAUGAUGAAGAUAAUAUUCCAGAGGAGAGAGUUAAAGAACACGAGAGAACUCACAGUGUAUCUUGUGCAGCUGAGUUUGAGAAAGUACACUCUGUGUUCCAUGAUUCUACCUCAGAGCAAUCCUUACCACAAAUGAAGAGAAUGCUGUACAGGAAGGUGCAAUUCAAGAGUGAAGGAGGACUGAAGGUCCUGGGCUACGAGAAAAUGAAUGGGGACCACGGAGGAGGAAGAAUCUCACGAUACACCCCCCUAUCUAUCUUAACUCAAUUACAGAGUAUAGAUUUAGCCAACAACAAGCAUCCACAUGUCAGUCAACAGCUAAAGAACGACACUUUCUACCAAAAUCUAGUGGAAACCCUUGGUAACAAGACCACCACAGAGGAGGAUUGGAUGGUCAGGGUACAGUUAACUCCCCUGAAGCACACUCUCACCAGAAUUCUUCUGCAGACCAUAGAGAGCCUGGCAGAUUCACAAUGGGAGCUUAGGCGAAUCACAAAACAGGUGUUGCCGUGUCUGGCUGAAGUGAUCAGGUGGUGUGACAUAAGCAUACUGGAGGAGAUCUGGCAGACCCACCUGUCCUCUACUCCCAGUCUGCUGACCUAUGCUGCAGUCAUGCUGCUACAGGAGUCUAUACUCCAUUGUAUCCGUCUGACCCCGCUCCUACAGAGACCACCCUCCACCUGGCAGCAUGAGGAUUCGUGUAGGGAGAUCAUACAGGGGAUAGUGUCCAGUGUUACGGGUCAGGUCCCCUCCUGUCUCCCCAGCCUAGACAAACUGGUACAGCGAUCCCGAUAUGAUCGACUCUCCGUCAUAGCUUCCACCACCAUCAUUCUGGCCCAUGCUCAGUUUGAUAUCCCCUCUGACCAGAGAGUAAGUCAGAUUGCCUCCGUUUUGUCGUACUGGAAGCUCCUGUUUGGGUUUACCCACCCCAACACCAGGAUCACCAAAGAACUCCUACAGCAAGGCACAGACAUCAGGCUCUUCUCUUCUCCUUUUGAAGGAUACUUGAGUUGUUGUUUGGUCAAACCAGAGAACAAGUUUCAAUGUGCCAAACAGGUUGAGAAAGUGUUUGUCAGUGAAUCACAUCAAACUUUACAAAGAUUCCUUCAGAAGUUACCUGUGGAGAGCAUUUGUUCACUGAUGCCCAUUAUUGCCCACUAUUCUGGGCUCUUUGUAGAAGACACUUCAAUUUGUAGGCACAUGAGAGAAUGUUUACAGAGUGUAGGCGUGAGGGUGGUGGAAUUUGUGUCCCAGGCCAGGGAGGACAAACAGACCUGUCUCAUGUGUCUACAUCUGACUCUGAAAGAACUGGCGGCCAUUGUCACCAUGAAGAGUGCUGAGGUUCAUUUGCUUCAGAAGAUCCUGAACAUUUACUUGAUUCUAUGUAAACCACUCAACCCUGUUAAGCAUCUGAAGUCUAUUUUGUUGGCUAUAUGUUCCAGAGUCAGUGAGGGUAUACACUUCAGUGUGGAGCAUUCCCCGCGACCAAAUGAUGAUCUCUGCCUGCUGUCCAAUGACAUUCCUCUCACAGAAACAAACAGCUCAGAGUCUCUCAAUGAUCUAGAUGAAGAAGACACAGUCAUCAUAGGAAGUCCAAGUCAUUUCCCAGAAUCCCUUACUCUAAAUUUGAGUAGCAGCAGCAUACAGUCAGGUCGUAUAAGUGCUUUGAGCCAGAGCAGUGACAAGAAUGGUGCCAAGUCUCCAAGUGACAAGGACUCAGAGAGUUCAGACUGGGAUAGCUGGGAUGAUGAAGAGAAUGAGGAUCAGUCAGCAUUAACUCAGGCAUUUGGAGAGUUCCUCAAGAAGUUACAGAAAGUCUGUGAUUCAGGUUCUCCUAGAAUUUUUGAAGCUGAAAUUAAAAAGUUAGAAACGAGAGAAAGGUCACUCAUAAGAGAGAUUAUAUCAAACUAAACAAAUAUAAAGCACAAAUUGUUAGAUGUCUUUAUAGUUCUGAUUCCUGUAUAUCAUCUCUGUUGUUAUUGAAAGUUUUUCUCUUUGAUCUUGAUUAGUAAUAAUCCUAUCUUACUAGUGUCAAUUAAGUACUAACAUGUAUAC